AUGUCCAACACCCUUCAUAUGGCCGCCCUUCACGCUUCCGCCCUUCACGCUGCCGAUCUUCAUAUGGCCGCCCUUCGCAUUGCCGACUUUCAUAUGACCGCCCUUCACGCUGCCACCCUUCUCACUGCCGACCUUCAUAUGACCGCCCUUCACGCUGCCGCCCUUCAUGCUGCCCCCUUCAUAUGGCCGCCCUUCACGCUGCCCCCUUCAUAUGGCCGCCCUUCACGCUGCCCCCUUCAUAUGGCCGCCCUUCACGCUGCCGCCCUUCAUGCUGCCCCCUUCAUAUGGCCGCCCUUCACGCUGCCGCCCUUCAUGCUGCCCCCCUUCAUAUGGCCGCCCUUCACGCUGCCGCCCUUCAUGCUGCCCCCUUCAUAUGACCGCCCUUCACGCUGCCGCCCUUCAUGCUGCCCCCUUCAUAUGGCCGCCCUUCACGCUGCCGCCCUUCAUGCUGCCCCCCUUCAUAUGGCCGCCCUUCACGCUGCCGCCCUUCACGCUGCCCCCUUCAUAUGA